AGAUUACUGUGCCCGAAAACGCCAUUGUUCUAGCUCUUCUUACAUACCACAGUCUAGUUAGGGUUUUCAGAUCUUUCUCACUUUCAUCACCAAAACCCAAUUUCAGGACGUAUCUCAUGUAUAUUGGUUCGCUGUAGAUGCUGCUUAACUGUUGAAUUGCACACUACGUUAACAUUGGCGUCACUGCUGCAUUACACAGGAGGUUAUUAUUUCGUAGUAUUUUGCCAAUUGGGUUCUUUAAUGGGGACUAGUUCUCUUUAGCCGUCAUUUAAGUAUGUUGCAAGAUGAAUGGCUUAAUCUAUAUGGAUGUGUGCCUGGGGAAUUGAUAAUUUUCAUUUGAUUAUAAGCAAAGCAUAUUCUUUUGAGGGGAUAUAUCCAGGUUUUCUGGUAUCUGUCAUUUUAUGCUAAUUAUAAAAAUUAAGGUGCGGUGGGAAACAUUGGUGUGUGACUGAAGGUGCUUUUGUUCAGCUUCUUGGCGCUCCCGAGAUUCAGCCAUUCAGGGAAUUUCUGAUGAGGCUCUGUUUUCCCUCACAUAUUAUAUGACAUUCUGAUCUAUGGUGUCACGUUUAUGGCAUUAAAUUCUCAGAAAUGAUUGGCAAAUACAGGUUUCUUGUGCAGACGCUGAACCCCUUAAGUCUUGUACUCUUCUCAGAGUAGAUUUUCAGGGUUUCCGUCUUUCCUGAGUUAGAUUAAUGUCACCGUAAGCAUUUGAUGUUUGAUUCACUUUCUGAGCUAAUGGUUAAAACGUCAUAAUUUUGAACUGUUCUAUGAGGUGGUUCCUUGGAAUAAGCAACUAUUUGGUAGUGUGGAAGUUACUGCAGAUUUUGCUAGAAAGUCAAGAAGAUUCUUGUUCUUGUCUCUUGUUAGUUUGAACCAAUAAUUGAACUUCAAGUAUGGAUGAUCCCGUGAAGAAGCCUCAGGAUAAUGGGCAGAAAACCUCAAUCAAUGAUGACGUUCUGGCUCGGAGGCUAAAAAACCGAGAGCGUCAACGCAGAUAUAGAGAAAGGAAACGUCUUAAAGUUGAUGCAAUGAAGGUGUUGGGCACAAACCAAUUACCUUCAGUGCCAGUGGAGGUGCCUGUGAUUGCUGCUCCUCAGUAUAGUGUAUUGCCGGUGGAUGUUACUCCUCUCGAUUCUUCAAUGCCAGUGAAUGUUGCUCCUCUCGAUUCUUCAAUGCCAGUGAAUGUUGCUUCUCUGGACUCUUCAGUGCCAGUAAAUGUCGCUCCUCGGGAAUAUGUAAUGCCAGUGAAUGUUGCUCCUCUGGACUCUUCAGUGCCAGUAAAUGUCGCUCCCCGGGAAUAUGUAAUGCCAGUGAAUGUUGCUACUGGAAAAUGUGUGAUGCCGGUGAGCAGUGCUUCCCGGGAGUCUGUCACCCGUGUUUACUCUGGGCGGAAAUGGAAAUGUGAUGCUCGAAAGGCUCAUACGGUGAGGCAGAAAGAAGUUAUUUCUAAUGGUUCAGUUACACCAGAUUUAGCAUCAACUGGUGGAAGUCAAGUACCAUCUUUACCCCAUGUUGAACCGUCAAAUGUGGCAUUAAGUAAUGUUAUUUCUUCACCAGUGGCUGCACUGGAAAAUAGUGGAACACCCAAAUCUAUUCCAAGUAGGAGACAUUGGAAAGCGGAAGCUAGAAAUAAGAAGAGCUGAAAUUGUUGAUGAUAAGUUUGGUUAAGUAUAUCGCAGAAUAUUAUCAAUUGUUAACAGCCUUGUUGUAAUCUCAUCAUGUACAACAUUAGAAGGGCCGAGGAACUUCGGAUAAUAUUUUAGAACGACUUGCAGGGGUCUAAGCUUUUGUCUCUCUUCAACUAGGUGAGAAGAUCCUGAGCAGUGCUUUCGGACAAUUUUGUUGCUUAUGUCCAGGUUUUGUCAGGUAAGAAGUUAUGUUGAGAGUAACUUUAGGAUACUCUUGUGCUGCUAGAACUUAGGUUGCUUCGACUUCCUUCCUUCUGAUGAAACGAAUCUCGAUAUGUAUCAUGACACUCUGACAUGUACUUUUGUACAUAUCUGUUGUAUGUCGAUCGAUCAUUCCUAGUCCAACUUGUCACUAAAGAAACUAUCCUUCAAGAUUUGUUGCUUUCUUUGAUGGUUCAAAGCGCCAUCACGCGGAUAAUUGAAAUGUCUCAUCUGCUGCUGAAUUCAAAUUCUAGGAAUGCCUCUUCAAAGAUUUGGAUAAUUACACAAUGGCAUAGUUAUCGAGUUUGAAGUUUUAUA